GGCGGGCCGGGCGGAAGUGACGUCGCGGGCGGUGCGGAGCGGAGCGAGCGGCACCGCGGCCGGGCCGGGCCGGGCCGGGACAGAUGGACCCGUCGUCUCCGCCGUACCUGCUGGCCAAGCUGACCCCGCUGCACUCGGAGCAGCUGCUGCAGGGCCUCAACGUGCUGCGGCAGCACCGCGAGCUGUGCGACGUCGUGCUGCGCGUGGGCGACGCCAAGAUCCACGCGCACAAGGUGGUGCUGGCCAGCAUCAGCCCCUACUUCAAGGCCAUGUUCACCGGGAACCUGUCGGAGAAGGAGAACGCCGAGGUGGAGUUCCAGUGCGUGGCCGAGGCGGCGCUGCAGGCCAUCGUGGAGUACGCCUACACCGGCACCGUCUUCAUCUCCCAGGACACCGUGGAGUCGCUGCUGCCCGCCGCCAACCUGCUGCAGGUGAAGCUGGUGGUCAAGGAGUGCUGCGCCUUCCUGGAGAGCCAGCUGGACCCCGGCAACUGCAUCGGCAUCUCGCGCUUCGCCGAGACCUACGGCUGCCACGACCUGUACCUGGCGGCCAGCAAGUACAUCUGCCAGAACUUCGAGGACGUGUGCCAGACCGAGGAGUUCCUGGAGCUGACGCACGCCGAGCUGGACGAGAUCGUGUCCAACGACUGCCUCAACGUGGUGACGGAGGAGAGCGUGUUCUACGCGCUCGAGGCCUGGAUCAAGUACGACGUGCGGGAGCGCCAGAAGCACCUGGCGCAGCUGCUGCACUGCGUGCGCCUGCCCCUGCUCAGCGUCAAGUUCCUCACGCGCCUCUACGAGGCCAACCACCUCAUCCGCGACGACCACACCUGCAAGCACCUGCUCAACGAGGCCCUCAAGUACCACUUCAUGCCCGAGCACAGACUGUCCCACCAGACCAUGCUGAUGACGCGGCCCCGCUGCGCCCCCAAGGUGCUCUGUGCCGUGGGGGGCAAGGCCGGGCUCUUCGCCUGCCUGGAGAGCAUGGAGAUGUACUUCCCGCAGAACGACUCGUGGAUAGGCCUGGCCCCGCUGAGCAUCCCGCGCUACGAGUUCGGGAUCUGCGCGCUGGAGCAGAAGAUCUACGUGGUGGGUGGCAUCGCCACGCACGUGUGCCAGGGCAUCAGCUACAGGAAGCACGAGAGCUCCGUGGAGUGCUGGGACCCCGACACCAACACGUGGAGCUCCCUGGAGAGGAUGUUCGAGAGCCGCAGCACGCUGGGCGUGGCGGUGCUGGCUGGGGAGCUGUACGCGCUGGGCGGCUACGACGGGCAGUCCUACCUGCGCUCCGUGGAGAAGUACAUGCCCAAGGGCAAGGAGUGGCAGCUCGUGGCACCCAUGAACAAGACGCGCAGCUGCUUCGCGGCGGCCGUGCUGGACGGGAUGAUCUACGCCAUCGGGGGCUACGGGCCCGCCCACAUGAACAGGCAAACCUCAAGGAAGUUUCUGAUUUGCUGUGUUCCCCAAGUAUAUGCAUUCUGGAUCUGCAUUGUGUUCAGUUUUCCAUGAAUUGAUUUUUUAAAA